CAACAUGAUGACUAAAGAGUCCUUUUUGUGCAUACAUUAACACAUCUUUCUCUCUUUGCCAGCCUCCCAACAUGAUGACCAACAGACCUCGAGGCAACGUCAAGUCUACAACCCCUUCCAUAGAAAAUAUGACUAUUCACCAACUUGCAGCUCAAGGGGAGGUGGCCCUACUCAGUAUCAGGCAUGAUGAGGGCUAUGACAUGAAUGAAGUGGAUGAGAAUGGAUUGACGUCACUAAUGUGGGCGUCGUCCCAUGGGCAAGUGGGUGUGACUGUGUUCCUGCUGGAGAAUGGGGGCAGUGUGCAUGGAGCCACCAGGGAGGGGGAGACUGCCCUGUCCUUUGCCUGUUGUAAAGGACAUGUAGAGAUUGUGCAGGCACUGCUGAAGGCUGGAGCUAAUGUCAAUGCCUUCGACUGGAAUGGAGGAACCCCUCUACUGUAUGCCAUCCAUGCAAAUCACCCAAAGUGUGUACAGCUCCUACUGUGCCACGGUGCAGACAUGACUGUGGAGACAGACUCCGGACAGAGUCCACUGGGGUUAGCUAUUGCACUGGGACACAAAACAGUCCAACAGGUGAUAGAGAGCCACAUGUUGAAGAUGCUGGAGGGGGCUGUAAGAUGACACACAUCAUCAUACUAACCUGGAUGUAACUUUAUUGUAAGGACUCAUGAUAGUCGAUCUAUUAGUAUUACAGAUAAAAUGAGACUGAUGGAGUAAGUCAAUGAUGGGACAUCAUAGGGGGACCUGCAAAUAUAAUGAAAGAUGCCCCUUGGCAGACAUUUUGUUUGUCUCUCAUCAUGCCACAUUCAGGAAUACCCUUAGGCUGUGACACCUUUAGGCACCUAGAUUACAUCAUUUACAUCAUACAGGCUCCUCCACAGAUCCAAUACAUUCAUGAAAACGGAAAAACCCGCCUGGAAGUCUGAAAACUCUAGUUUCUUGGUUUUGCUGACCAUUGCAGUUUUCUUUCAAAACUUUAUGGCGCUGGUGGUAGCAUUGUUAUGACAAGUAAUGUAGAAAGAAGUAACCUAAAGAUAAUGUCUACUGUAAGGGUAUCCUUUGUCUUCAAUUAAAGUACAUGUAUAAUAUUA